AGCCUCGCUUCACCUCAGCCGUUUGGAAAACGGAUUCACACACCGCACCGGGUGGUUGCUCGGGUCGAGCCGACAUCCCCAAGCAGGUCGCCUACGCACUUUUUGCCCAUUCUCGGCCAUAGACUCGACCCGAUGAGGUCUUAUUUCCCGGCAAAACUCACUACACAGUACAACACACCCAUGUUUACAAACGGGGAGGCGAUCCGGCGGGCUGGCUGGUGAUCGCCUGGCGCGUGUUCCCUCGCUUCCAGCCGCACUGCUCCGUACAAACGUACCUUGCUUGCGAGGCCCUGAAAGUCAGCUCGUCCUCGAAGUAACCGGUACUUCUUCCAUCGCGACCAGGCCCGUCAACGCCUAGCAGGGUUGAAGGUGCGGAAGGAUGGUUCCCUCGACGAUCUUGACUUUCCCUGCCGGGUUUGCGCAGGGGGGGGGUACCGGGAGGGGAGGAAUUCACUGCGAGGGCGGGACACCAUCGCGGGCAGGGGCCUGGACUCCGGUACCGUCUAGAACUCGCCGUCGCGCGGUGAUCGCGAUUUUCCGUUCUCCCUUGCCCGCCCGCCGGCAGGGGGACUGGCAAGCGGGGUGGGGUGGGCGGCUUUGCCGAGAACGUGGAGACCGUUGGGUUUGUGGUCAGGAACCGCCGAGAUUUGAGAUGAUCGUUUGUGGGUUUCUUCGGCUUUGCCCCAUCCAUGCCUGGUUUGGAAGCCCGAGCCGAACUUUCGCUGCUGCCUCGAUGCGAUUUACCCAUGCAUUUCUGUUAGCCAUCCCUCCCUCAACUUCGGAUUGGGGAUCAUGGGUAUGUACAGCUCGCCACAGUCAAGAGAUCGAUACACCGCCCCUGACGAUCCGACCGAUUGUCAACGAUCCCAUGAACAAGGCUCGAUUCCCUGAGGGCCGGCCAGGAGAGCCCCCGUCUAUCAACAGAGGGUUGGACCAUGAUCCCGUGACUGGACCUCACGGGUGGAAUCUUGGCUCUCAGGGACCUGAUGUUGCUGCCUCCGGCGAUGGCAUCGCGUCGUCAAGAUUACGUUCAUGCGGAGUUUGUUGGCCGCUUUGAUGGCUAAACUAAACAUUCCCGCCUAUACUCGCGCUUGGACCCCCUUACCGGGGCCGUCCGACUCGCCGUCUCGCGAAGCUGCGUGAUGGAGGGAAGAUGAAGUAAGGCCGUGGGCGAUGGGCGUCUCGGACGGUGGUCUCCUG